GUGAUUAUACUCACUCGUGUUUAAAUGCGAAGUGAAUUCGCUCCGGGAAAUUAGGUUCGAUUUAAAAUCGUAUAUUUUGCGCAUAAAAUAAAAAUUUACUUUUUGGAUAUUUAGAUCAUUUUCUAAAUUAUUAUCCUUACCUCCAAUGAUAAAGCAAUUUUACGCGAACGUGUUGCGCAAUUCACUGACCAUGACAUAGAGUUGAGAAUAUUAUUUUAGAGUAAUCAAAACAUUGCAAUGGUUUUCGAAUCUAUUGUCGUAGAUGUUCUAAACAGGUUCCUCGGGGACUAUGUGGAAAAUCUAAAUAGAUCUCAACUAAAAUUAGGAAUAUGGGGUGGCGAUGUGGUGCUGGAAAAUUUGAUACUAAAGCAAAACGCUUUAGAGGAACUAAAUAUUCCAGUUCAAACAGUCUACGGUCAUUUAGGCAAGCUGGUGCUAAAAAUACCAUGGAAAAAUUUAUAUGGUGCUUCUGUGGAAGCUACUAUUGAAAGAUUAUUUCUUAUUGUAAAUCCCAAUGCUGAAAUCAAAUAUGACCCAGAAAAGGAAGAAAAGAUUGCCCUGGCGGCUAAACAAGCUGAACUUGCAAGAGUUGAGGAGGCCAAAAAAAAGGAAGCAGAGAAAGAUGAGAACAAACUUGAUGAGACAUUUGUUGAAAAACUUGUCACUCAAAUAAUUAAAAAUGUACAACUGAAGAUAACGGAUAUACAUAUUCGUUAUGAAGACAGCAUAACUAAUCCCAAAGCACCAUUUUCCUUUGGUAUUACACUGCACAACUUGUCUGUUCACACAACAGAUGAAAAUUGGAAACAAACUGUCAUACAAGAGGCUGUUACAAAGAUAUUCAAAGUAUUAAAUUUAGAGGGCUUAGCAAUUUAUUGGAACCCAACAACUGAGUUGUAUUCAAAGACCAGCCCACAGGAAAUAAAAAGUAGAUUAGAAAAGGAAAUAGCAACUAAAACAUCUCAACCAGGGGAUUAUUUAUAUGCCUUGGCACCAAUUAACGCGACCGCAAAAUUAAAAUUGAAUCCCAAACCAGAAGGAGAUACUCCGAAAUUUAACAUUCCUAAAGUGAUUUUGAGUUUGCACAUGGAACAGCUGGGUGUGAAUCUGAGUAAAGCACAAUAUCAAGAUAUGAUGCUGUUAGCAGAUUCUAUGGAUCGUAUGAGCAAAGGCGCACCUUACAGAAAAUACCGACCCGACCUCAAACAGUACAAGGGUCACUAUAAAGACUGGUGGCGAUUUGCAUACAAAUGCAUCUUAGAAGAGGAAGUGUUACGCAGACGUAAAAACUGGGAUUGGAAACACAUGUUGUCGCAUCGUCAGCUCUGUAAAGACUAUGCAAGUGCUUACCAGAACAAGUUGACCUGUCGCGGAAAAGUCUCUACGGAAUACCAAUGCGUUUUGGACGAAGCCGAGAAGACCUUGGAUCUAUUUAAUCUGGUUGUUAUCAGACAGCAGAUAGAGUUAGAGGUUGAAAGGUUGGGAAAACUAGAAGCAGAAGCUAAAAAGUCUCGUGGCUGGUUUAGUGGCUGGUGGGGCGGUGGGAGCUCCAAAGAUGACGAAAUGUCUGAAGGCGUGGCUAUAAUGAAGCAAUUCGAAAAAGCGAUGACCUCUGACGAGAAGGAAAAGUUGUUUAGAGCGAUUGAUUACCAAGAAAAUUCGGCGCCGCUUCAUUUGCCCAUAGAGUAUGUCGCCGUAGAGGGGCAUUUUAAACUUGACAAGUUGCAAGUGGCUGUUCACGAUGUGUCUGAAGUACUUCGUGCCUGUGUUGAAAAUGUUGAACUGGAUAUGAUGCAAAGGCCCAGUGCUAAUGCGUUACGAGUUGAUGUGCGUAUGAAAGCUUUCACGGUAUCGGGUGUACGUCAAGGCGAAUUCCUACCGCAACUCGUCACUUCGAAGGAAAUAGAGAAAGAUGUUAAUCUACUUAAUGUACUUUUUGAAACUAAUCCAUUAGAUGGGAAAUGUGAUCAGCGCGUUCAAGUACGGGCGCGCCCGUUACAAAUGGUGUACGACGCACAAACCGUUAUCGAAAUUGUUAAUGUGUUUAAGCCGCCUUCAGAGUCCACCGCAUUGACUACUUUGCAAGCGGCUGCUGAAAACAAGUUGUCGGACUUGAAAGAGAAGUCCGCCUUGGGAAUGCAGUACGCGGUACAUCAGCACACAUUUAUUGAUCUUGAUAUUGAUGUCGCCUCUUCUUACAUCGUUGUACCGCAGACUGGGAUGUAUAAGGGUGGUGAAGCAGUGGUGGUAGUGAAACUUGGUGCCAUAAGUGUAAAGAGCGAUCCACGCGCCCCUCAACUGGAUGUUCAUCAAUUGUAUCGCUCCGGAUUGCAAGAUGACGACAUAUUGGCGCAGAUUACCGCGCAUAGCUAUGACAAGAUGGUUUUGAGGCUCACUGAAAUGCAGGUUGUCAUCGCAUCUCCAAAUGAAGAUUGGCAAUCAGCGAUCGCCUCAAACGAAGCAACAUACUUACAUCUUCUACAACCAACCAAUUUGGUCAUACAAAUACACAAAUGCCUCAUAACUGAUGAUCCGAGGAUGCCUAAGAUCAAAAUAAAGGGGGAGUUGCAGAAAAUCGCUGUUAGCGUAUCGGAAGAUAGGCUAUUAACUCUAUGUGAAAUAUUGGUUGGGAUGCCAUUGCCCCGUUCUGAUGAAACGACACAACUAAAGGCAAGUGAAUCUAAAGCGUCUAGUUUGUCGCUCUUGAGAUAUUUGGACCCGGCUGAAAAGCAAAAGCGCGAUACUGCGAGAUCGAAACAAAGGAAAAAUGAAGAACAUACGGUGCAACUCACUGAACUCGAAGCGUUCUUCAUUAUGAAAGAAUUAAUCCUAAGCGUGAACCGCAAAACAAAGGACCCGCAAGUAUACGACAAGUUCCUAGUGUUCUCCUUAAAUUUAUUGGAAAUCAAGGCCACGCAGAAGACAUUUACCCUAGAAGCAGCAGUGAGACUCGGUUCAGUAGAUAUGCAACAUCAUAGAAGUGGACAUAAGACCAUACAAAUGAUAACCACCACCACAGAUUUCCAAGAACAUGAUAAUAUUGAAGAGCAGUACUUAUUCGCUGUUACGUAUACUAAUGUUGACAAGAAAUGUCCCGAAUUCAGGAGUCACUAUGGUUCUGUGGAACAAUUAAUCGAAUUGGACUUUACAGCGUUGGAACUCUUACUUCACUUGCAAGGUUUACAAGAGAUUCUUGUGAUUGUUAAUAAUUAUCAGACUCGUCUUAAUGCAAUCCAAAGUACGGUAGACCGAUACGCCAAUGCUGGUCCGUUGGAGACGAUUAUGGAAGAUGAAGAGUUGCUGUCCAUUGUCAAAUCUAAAGCGAGUGUAUCAAAAGGGCCGCGUCGUAAACAAGUGGAAAGUAUACAACUGAAAGUGAACAUUAAGAUCGGGGCGGUAGAGAUCAAAUUCGCGAAUGAUAUCCGACCUUUAUCAUUGCUGAAAUUGCAUGGGGCCACGGCGGGAUUAGUACUGAAAGCGUCGUAUACGCAGGUCGAUUGUGCGAUUUCCUCUAUCAAAGUCGAGGAUUUGAAUCCAGCUACUAUUCACAAAGAGAUAUUAAAAGUCCUCGGCGGUGACGUCAUCAAUGUACAAAUAGUGUUGUACAAUAUCGAGCAAUUCCCGAGUGUUAGUGACAUCAACAUGUCGAUAGACGCGCAGAUCAACUGUCUUAGGAUUGUCUUCCUAAACUGGUUCCUGACUUCUAUGUUGGAAUUUUUGAACAAUUUCCAAGCAGCCCAGGAAGCUAUAAUAGAGGCAUCAUCUCAGGCCGCCGAAGUCGCGAGAGCCAAUGUGCAAAACGCAUAUCAGAACUCAACUAAACUGGCUCUCAAAUUGAGAUUGGCUGCCCCAAUUAUUCUAGUACCGGAGAACUCGACUAGUAUGAACGCCAUCAUGCUAGAUUUUGGACGCAUGACUAUCAAUAAUAAGUUCGUCGAUUUGCCACUUGCAGACGUAAGCAAUAAAGUGACAGUAGACGAAUUGACCCUCGAGCUGGAAGAGGUGAAAGUAUCAUGCGUGCAGCUCAGUGAAAAUAGCUCAGACGUGUCUCACGAACGUAAGCUGCUGCGGCCGACCAGCUUCAAGCUGUUAGUCAAACGCAGCCUUUCGAGCUGGUACGAGCCAUUGCCCGAUCUUGAUGUCUCUGGGAGGAUGAAGACUAUUGCUAUAACAGUUGGUCACAGUGAUUACAAGAGUAUAAUGAAGAUUCUCAACCAAAAUCUGCAAGAAGGACAAAUUAAAUGUGAGGAAGCAAAACCACAGAAUGUGGGAAAAGUGACUUCUAAGCCAACUGUGAAAAGUCAGUCGAGUAGAACGACACGGUCUACUGUGGCUGUCGUAACUCAGAAAGAAGAGUCGAAGAAACCACGAACAACGAUCAAGUUUUCCUUUACUAUGGACAGUUUUGUCAUUGAUCUUAUGAAUACAGUUGUGUCAGAAGAAUUACAGUUCACAAGAGAUGUGGAGUUGGCCCGGUUUUGUCUCGCGUUACUCUCAGUCAAGGGGCGUAUGUUCUCCGACGGGUCCCUUCACACUUCUGUGUUGCUUGUUGACUGUACAUUGGACGAUACAAGGCCAGGUAGAGGAGCUAAGAUAACUAGAUAUUUAGAGAGACGUCGCGACAGACCAGACGUGUUCGAUCAGAGUGAAAAAAAACCGGACAAUAUUAUGGAGGCGCAUGACAAGAUUCGCAGCAUGAUCGAUAUUACGUAUACUAUGAAAAACUCUGAUACAUUCAUCGACGUGAGAAUAUUCAGUUUCAACUUGAUUCUGGCCAUGGAUUUCCUAAAGAAGAUCGCGGAAUUUAUGACGAGUGGCCUCGCUGAAGACACGCCCACUGUCAAGGCUAAAGAAGAUGUCAAAUUUAUCAAACCUACUUCAGAUAAAUUCGAGAGCGGGAUCAAAAAGAAAGUGUCAGUGUCUUCUGACCCUGCGUUGUCAGACCAAGGUACGAAGCCAGCUAUGAUGACUGUCAAUAUAAAGAUAGAGCAACCUGACAUCAUUCUCGUGGAGUCAUUGGAGCAGAAGAAAUGUGAUGCUCUGGUUUUAAAUAUGGAAGCAAAGUUCAAGCUACGCAAAACAGAAGACCAUAUGGUAGCAGACGGAGGUAUAUCCGGUUUGCAGAUGGUUGUACGUACUUUGGGACGUACGACCACGCCCAGGUACUUGUUGGCGCCAGCUCAUCUUUCUUUGGCGUUGUCUCAGCCACCGAAUAGUGGCAUGCAUGUGGAUGUGGCACUCACGGAUAUUAAGAUUACUGUUUCUCCAGAAAUGAUUGCUCUGUUGAAUCGAGUGCUAGCUACAAUGACAAGUAGCGAAGAAGACGACGUUGAACAAGACAACAAGCCCAUAUUCUAUAACCAAUUGUGGGACAUACAACCGUUCAAACCCUCUUCAUAUUGGUUCCUUAAAACUGAAGAGGCGGUAGAAGCUAUAAGCUUAGAAGACAACUCGAUGACAUCCCUAAGGAAACCUCCCGAGGGUGAAAUAUGUCUGUUAUCGAGUCCCUCCAUAGUGUUGGCCUUAGAAAUGGAGAUCGGUAACGAAACAAUACCAGUAUUGGUCAUGCAGUCUUCACUUACCGGACAAGUCAAGGAUUGGAGUUCUGAUUUCUACAUGGAGUGUACGUGGGCAAUGCAAGUGUCGUACUACAACAUAGGACGUGCUAUGUGGGAGCCUUUGGUAGAGCCAGUCGAAGUACUCAAGGACUAUCAAUAUCGACACGUGCCCUGGGAACUUAAAAUGGAGGUAGUGAUGCGUCCUGAGGAGCAUCAAUCGACAAUAGACACGACAGACGAAGCCGCCAACAUCGCCGCGGCUGCUCUAAGACAAGCGAAUAUGACUGUCUCCCUUUCCAGUAGCGAACCACUUGAGAUUACUAUCACUAGGAGUGGCAUUGAGGUGCUCACCCAACUUGGGAACUCGUUCUCCACCGCCAUUGCAGAGACAACAGCCGAUGCGACAUUGGUAUCUAAAUCUAAACUAGAAAACACUCCAGAAAAACAGUACCUGGGCGCACCCUACGUUCUUCACAAUUGUACGGGCCUCACUACAAAGCUGAUCUUACACAACAACCAUGAUUUUGCUGUCUUUCUCACUGAUGAAUACAAGAGUUCUGACUACAGGGAAGUAGUGUUGGAGCCGGGAGCGUGUCUGCCAUUGCAGUUAAAGCAGGGUGGGAUAAAUAUUAUGAAGCUUAAUGAACCACCCCCACAGCUUAAGCUUAACUUUAAGAUAGUGGAGUUAAACGAAGAUGUCCAAAUACCAGUAGAACGAGCAGACAAGCGAUAUUUCCCGUUGGGUCGAAAGUCCUCAGGGGAAAGCAGGGCCAAGAACGUGCCUCACGCUGCUGCCAUGGAGCCGCGAGGGCUCAUCAGUGACGUCGUCAUGCAAGACGCCGCCUUACACAUUUAUCUAAGGAGCGUUGUUCAGGUGACGAAUACGUUAGCGGUCCCAGUUUGCGUGUACUACAUGACCUUGAGCGGGAACGAAGUCCGUCUUUUGGGCGAAGUGAGUGCGGGUGGGACUCUCAGACUUCCCUUACAAGCCGUGCACACGCCCACCGCAGAGAUAUUCUUUUCGGUCGAAGGUUUUACGGUCUCCGUAUCACCGUUCGUAUGGCGAGAACUGCAACAAGAGCCAAAAAUAUCAAAACUUCUACAAUGUGACUCGAAAGACAAGAACAGUGGCGAGAAAUUCUAUUUGAGGGCCGUUGGUACAAUGGAACAAGUUUUCUAUGAACAAACCAACCGUCACACAUUUGCGUCUUCAUGCUACGAUGUCGUUCUGAAACCUGCCGUAAAGCUGCAAAACUGUUUGCCCAUUGACAUCGUGGUCUCACAAUUGGGGCUCAAACGAACGCAACUUUUUAAGCCGGGGGAGAUGUUCCAUUUAUCGCAUUUAGCGCCCAACAGAGCGUCUAUUGUUAUUAUGAUACAAAACUAUCUCGACAAAUGCUGGGUUUGCACAAAGAACUUACCCGAAGAGACAAGCGAACUCUCAGUUUGGUCCUUCGAAUCACAUGACAGUCCUGGCCUCAUGGUCUUGGAACUGGGAAUGCACAGUGUAGACACGGAAGGCACGCAGCUACUCUCACUCUACUGCCCCUUCUGGAUGCUUAAUAAAACUGGAUUUACGCUUUGCUACAGGAUAGAACAUAGUCGUUGCUGUAAAUUUAUUAGACGCCAUUCUACAUGUUUGCCGAAUAUCGACGAGACAGGCAAUGUAAUCUUCCAUCCGAAAGAUUAUAAGGAGCCGAUACUGUUUUCGUUCCGCGCGAAGAAUUUCUUUGGCAAAAAGAAGGCUGCCAUACGAGUGGAGUUCGGGGAGUGGUCUGAUAAAUUCUCGCUAGAUGUUCCAGGAAGUUCUGGUGUGAUAAUUUGUAAAAACGAAGGUCGCACCUAUCAGGUCGCAGUCACAAAUCAGUUGACAUUCAACAGUUUAACUAAAAUGGUUAUAUUCACACCAUUCUUCCUCAUUCUUAACGAAUGUCCAUUUGCCAUACAAUAUCAAGAGUUACAUCGUUCCGGAGAUGCUUGGAGAGAGGUUGAACAAAAUUCGAGUGCUCCAUUGUGGCCAAUAGUUGAAAAAGAAGAUAAGCUGUUGCUCCUGCGAGUUUCGGGAUCAACUGAGCACGCGGCGCCUUUUCUGUACACCGAGCAACACAGUGUCUGUUUAAAAUUGAACAAUCACUACGGUGGUUUGCACGUAGAAGUGCAAUUGAGCGAAGGCGGUACGUAUGUAACAGUACGUCAGUAUCGCGACGGACACGCGCCCGCAUUGCUGGUCAACUAUACAACGCACGCUGUCAACGUAUACGAAAAAGAAAACGUUAAUAUUAGAAAAAUCCCAUCGAUGCAUAGAAUGCUGUACACUUGGGACAACCCCGCUGGACCAAGGACGUUAAUUUUUGAGGGACACAAACGAAAGGAAAUAGACAACGAUCUAAGGCAGGACGGUAUCGGUGAUUUUAUGAUUAACGAAACGAGACGCAUAACAUGGGUAUCGUUUUUGGAUGGUCUCCAAAGAGUGAUACUCCUGACGGAGGAUCCAAUAUUGGCGAGUGGCGCUCAUACGAUUGGUGAGGCUGAACCCGUCCAUACGGAAUUCCAAUUGGCCAUGCACGGAGUUGGACUGUCGCUCGUCAACGACUACGAACUCACGGAAAUUCUCUAUAUCAGUAUAUCUAAUUCGGGUAUAAUAUGGGAGCAAUGUAAGGUCGGUGCACGUAGAUAUAGGAAGAUAGAAGGCCAGAAGCUGGUACAAUACGAGGAAGCUUAUCAGAAGUAUAUCACUGAGAAAAUGGUCAGUGACAAAGAAAUCUCCCCCCGAGUAAUAAUCGACGACAGUAUUGAGGUGGACUUCGAGGAGAUGCGUAUACUUAAACCAUCCCAGCGUCUCUUACGACGUACUCUCCAACCGGGUUUAUGGGCGAGAUAUGGCGUAACAGCUCACUCGAGAAGACUCCACGCACGUCUUUACCGGCUGCAGGCUGAUCAGCAACUGGCCUUGCCGACCUUCCCCGUGGUGCUUGCACCUGUUCCUCUGCCGAAGUCAGUGGCCAACGAGGAUCCAAGCGGCACGAGACCCUUCAUCGAAGUCUCAAUAGUGGAGCGCAUAAUGGAGCACAGCAAAGUGCGUCAGUACAAGUACUACAAGAUGCUGAUCCAAGAGUUCCACGUGAAGGUGGACAUGGGCUUCAUCAAUGCGCUCAUGGGCAUGUUCCCGCUGAGAUUGCUUACGGAACAGGAAGCUUUGGAUGCCUUCCAAGCGGAUCUAGAACGGGCGGGUCAGCCGCUAGAGGCGGUAGCCGCUAUGGGCGUAGCUUCGGAUCUCAAGAACUUCUACGACAAUCUUCACUUGUCACCACUUAAAGUCCACGUGUCGUUUUCUCUGGGUGGAGCGAGCCAAUUGCCGACAUUUGUUGGUACUGUACUGCAGAGUAUCGGCGUAACCCUUACCGAUAUGAACGAUGUCGUCUUCAAACUGUCGUACUACGAGAGAAAUUACGAGUUCCUCUCGCAAAAGGAGCUGAUAAGCCAAGUGCAGAGUCAUUACACGGGUCAAGCUCUCAAACAGCUGUACGUUUUGGUAUUAGGAUUGGACGUCAUUGGAAACCCAUAUGGACUUGUUAUUGGACUUAAGAAGGGCGUAGAAGACUUGUUCUACGAGCCAUUCCAGGGUGCUAUCCAAGGGCCGGGUGAGUUUGCGGAAGGUCUCAUGCUAGGAGUCCGUUCUUUGGUGGGACACACAGUGGGUGGAGCCGCUGGGGCCGUCUCACGUAUCACCGGGGCCAUGGGACAUGGAUUAGCUGCUUUGUCUUUGGAUAAAGAAUACCAAAGAAGACGAAGAGAUAAUAUUAACAAACCUCCCGCUAACCUCCAAGAAGGCUUAGCGAGGAGUGGAAAAGGUCUUGUAAUGGGCAUAGUGGAUGGAGUGACUGGAGUAUUCACGAAGCCGAUAGAUGGCGCUCGUGAGGAGGGAUUUGAAGGGUUCUUCAAGGGCUUGGGGAUGGGGGCAGUAGGUUUAGUGGCUCGGCCUACAGCCGGAGUGGUGGAUUUCGCCUCUGGCUCCUUUGACGCCGUCAAAAGGGCAGCAGAUAUGUCUGAAGAGAUAACAAAACGCCGAGCGGCGAGGUACUUGCCGCCCGAUGCUGGUGUAAGACCUUACUCGCGCUUGCAAGCUGAGGGCUAUAAGAUGCUCUCUGAACUGGAAAAGGGCAAGUUUGUGAGUACGGAUACAUAUGAGGCCCACGUUUGGGUCAUCGCCGCCAAGGAGGUGGUCAUGUGUACGGAUAAAAGGCUGUUCUACCUUGAGAAGAACAAUGUGUUUGGUGGUUGGCAGAUCGUCUGGACGUACUUAUGGACAGAAAUACCAGAAAUACCUACAGCGGUCGCUAAAGGUGUAUACAUACCGACCGCUAAACGUAAAGUCCUAGGCAUGUUCUCCAGUUCGGGGUCCGGCAAAGUUAUCUUUCUAUACGAUGAGCAGCAGAAGAAGUACCUGUUGGCUCAGUGCGAACGGCUCAUGGCCGCGGCCCGUUGACAUGAGGACAUAGAAAGAAUAACGCCGACCGAAUGGGUGGCACAAUUCUUUCUACUAAUAUUUAAUUUUCGCACCGCACUGCUUGCCACAGCUUAUCACUUCAAUUUUCACCAUUUGACGCCUAGAGGCUUCCGCUGAACUAAUCAUUCGUAUUGUAAAAGCGAUUCUGAAUUGUGCAUUGUAAAUCACAAAGCGAUAAUAUAUGAAUUACUUUGUGAUAUUGUAUUACAAGCUCUUGCUUAAAGUCCGUCUUGUUCGAAAUUCAAAUGUCAGCUGCCAAAUUGUGUUUUACUAUGACAAUUAAUAGAAGUAAACAGUUGACAGUUUGUAUGACUUUGACUUGUAUGACAAAUGUUUAAAAUAAAGUUACUUAAAGCUGAUAUUUACAAUACUUUGUGUAUGAUUAAAACUACUUCGGGAUUACACUGGUGCUGUCAAAUACUUGUUCUGAAUUGUAUAUCAAAUAUAUGAAAUUGUUUAGAAUCUUCAAAUUAUAUCGUAGAAUAGAUUUUGUACAAUUUUGAUAUAGAUUCCGUUACGAUUUGCAUUUAUUGUCUUCCGAUUUGUAUUGUGUUAAAUUUUCGUUAUAAUUAAAACUAUUUUGCUCUAAAUUUUCUGCGUAGUACAAAUAUUUAAAUACUGUUUUUACUUUUACAAGCUCAACGUAAUAUUUUCCUAGUUCCAUACUCAAAUUACCAUUAUUGUUACAAGUAACAGGUAGCAAUGUAUGCAGAAUGCAUAUAGUAAAUCUACGACUCGUAGCUUGGAUAUAAAAACUCGAAUUGUGUGACAGUUAAAAUAUGUGAAAAUCGCGUAUUGUUAGGCGAUGUAUGCCAAAAUAAUAUUAGAGAGUAUAUUGUACUGUUUUGUGGAAUAUUGAAUUUCCCAUUAAAUAUUUUAUUGUUACGUUGUAGCAAAUGAACCAAAACCAGUGUCUUAGUAUAUUUUUUAAGAUGUAUAAUGUUCGUUAUUUUCAAUUGUGUUAGACAGAAUGCGGGCAUUGUUAUAUGUUUAUAUAUAAUUUUUAGCAUGUAUUUAUUUUGUAAGAGUUUUAUGUUACUGUUUUAAAUUUAGAUACUUUGUAAUACCUACUGCACUUUACUAAUUUUGAUCUUUUUUCGAACUUUCGAAUAAACGUAUAUAAUAUAAA